UACCCAUUGCGUGGGCUGUGGGCAACUGGAUAUAUGACUACACAAAGCUCAGGCUCCCAAAACACCCAAAACUGUGAAGGAAGGAAAGAGAGAAGAUGGACGAGGAGUUGACGCGAAGCUCUCCGAAAACGACCCAACUGUGUUCAAUUUCAACAAUGCGAAAGGGUGGCUUGAGAACCAUGCCCUUCAUCAUAUUGAAUGAAUCGUUUGAGAAGGUUGCAAGUUAUGGGCUUAUGCCCAAUAUGAUCUUCUACUUGAUGAAAGAUUAUCACUUGGAUGCCGCCACUGGAACUACCAUUCUCUUGCUCUGGUCUGCUACUUCUAAUGCCCUUGCCAUGGUGGGAGCUUUCCUCUCCGAUUCUUGCUUUGGUCGCUUUCGUGUCGUCGCCUUGGGUUCCUUCUCUAGCCUCCUUGGGAUGAUUAUGCUAUGGUUAACAGCUAUGGUUCCAGAAACGAAGCCCUCUCCCUUCUGUAACGCAUCGUACGGAAAAUGCAAAUCCGCCUCGGCGGCCCAACUGGGUUUCCUGUUUUCCUCCUUUGGUCUCAUGUCCAUAGGUGCCGGUUGCAUUAGGCCUUGCUCCAUUGCCUUUGGAGCAGAUCAGUUGAUCAAGAAAGGAGAUCCAAACAAUGAGGGCCUCUUACAGAGCUUCUUCAACUGGUUUUAUGCUUCCACUGGUGCUUCCACCAUCUUUGCACUCACCGUAAUAGUGUACAUUCAAGACCGUUUGGGUUGGAGAGUAGGUUUUGCAGUUCCUGCAUUUCUCAUGUUCAUAGCUUCUCUCCUGUUCUUAAUGGGUUCUCCUCUCUACAUCAAAGUGAAGGCCAGUAAGAGCUUGUUCACUGGAUUCUUUCAAGUGUUUGUGGUGGCUUUUAAAAACAGAAAUCUUUCUUUCCCUGCCAACAACUCUAAUGAAUACUACCAUCAAGCCCCAGAUUCAGAGCUCAUUGAACCGACCAAGAACCUAAGGUUCUUAAACAAAGCUUGCAUCAUUGGGAAUCAGGUGACAGAUGUAAAACCUGAUAACUCACCAUCAAAUCCAUGGAAGCUCUGCACAGUGGAUCAAGUGGAAUCACUGAAAUCACUAUUGAGAGUUAUUCCUAUAUGGUCUAGUUGUAUCAUUGUACAGGUGGUCAUAAACCAAUCCUCAUUCACAGCAAUCCAAGCAAGUACCAUGAAUAGACACAUUACUUCUCACUUCCAAAUUCCAGCAGGUUCGUUUUCAGUGUUCUUGGUACUCACUUUGACGAUAUGGGUAGCCAUGUAUGAUCGUUUAAUUGUUCCUCUAAUGGCAAAACACAUGGGAAGGCCUCAAGGGCUUAGCCAAAAUCAACGUAUGGGGAUUGGAAUAUUGGUCUCUGUUGCAGCCAUGGCAGUCUCAGCAGGAGUUGAGAGGGUUCGAAGGAGAACUGCAAUCAGAGAAGGGUUAGUAGAAAAUGCAUUCAGAGAGGUAGACAUGUCGGCUAUGUGGUUGGUUCCACAGCAAUGUUUGAAUGGCUUAGCUGAGGCAAUAAGUGCUGUGGCACAAAUAGAGUUUUAUUACUCUCAUUUCUCUAAGAACAUGGCUAGCAUGGCAAUGGCUCUUUUCACAUUGGGUAUGGCUGCUGGUAACUUGAUAGGGAGUCUCAUAGUGAAGAUUGUGGAUGGAAUUACAAAGGGAGAAGGUAAGGAGAGUUGGGUGUCAAGUAACCCUAAUAAGGGUCACUAUGACUAUUAUUACUGGCUUCUUGCAAUUGUUUGUUCAGUUGAUAUGGUUUAUUUUCUGGUAUGUUGUUGGGCUUAUGGAUCUAACAAAGAGAAGGAAACCAAGGUUGAAGGUGGAGCUGGAGAAAGUAUUGCAACCUAAGCC